UCCCUAACGUCCCUCAAGUUAGGUCUUUUGGAAUCAUGCUGAAACACUGAGAUUGUUCCAAAUUUUACCGAGGAAGUGAACAAGAUUUUUCAGUAACAUUUAUCCCUUUAAUGAAAACAGGCCGGGUAACUAAAUACAGCCUGCUUUUUUAAAGCCGUUAAAGAAUUUGACUACAAUUUCCAAGAUUCCAUUCAGUUUUCAGAAUGAGAAUUACUCUGUACUGGCAUGUUUUCUACUGUUGCUUUGUUUUGCUUUGCAUGGCAGUGAUUCAUUUCUGAAGAAAUUCUCAGAGAAGCUAUUUUUCUAUCUACAGAUCAGAAUCAACAAGAAUGAAAGUCUCCAGGGAUGAAAGGGCAACCAAACCUGCGGAGCAACUUUGUGUGAUUUAAGCUGGAGAAGCAGUUGAUGGAAAAGAAAACCAGGCUGGAUCCAGGUUUGCUCUGGAAGCUCAACCCAGGAAUAUAAAGAACAGUGUGGCACUAAAUGGAAGAAAAUCUCAAAGCAUGAUAAUAAAGCACCUGGAGUUCAAAACACAAGUGAGAUGCGAGUCACAAAGCCUGGACUGCUGGUGUGCACAGCCAUUGGAGUCUUUGUUUUCCUUUAUUUAAGGAAUCCAAGCCCUGAGGAAACAGAGGAGGAGCCCACUUACCCAGCAGUAGUGGAAUGUGGCUUUUUUCCAGAUGAACUGUGUUUGGCUUUAUUUGAAGGGAAAGGGGCAGCCCCGCAGGUAGCAAAAUUCUGUAGAAGUCCUUAUGGAUCUAAAAUACUUGCUUAUUUGCACACACCAGGAAACUGUUCCAAAAUUUCUCAGGAGUUGCAUUUCAUAACGAGACCCCUGUCUGCAGAAGAGGGCAAUUUCUCCUUGGCAUACAUUAUUACUAUUCAUAAGGAAUUGGCCAUGUUUGUGCAGCUUCUCAGGGCUAUUUAUGUACCUCAAAAUGUGUACUGUAUUCAUGUUGAUGAAAAAGCCCCAGAAAAGUAUAAAACUGCUGUGAAAACCUUGGUUAACUGUUUUGAAAAUGUUUUUCUUUCAUCAGAAAGUGAGCAAGUCACUUAUACUAGCUUUACAAGACUACAGGCAGAUAUUAAUUGUAUGAACGAUCUAGUCCAUUCCAGAUUUCAAUGGAACUAUGUCAUUAAUCUGUGUGAACAAGAUUUCCCGAUAAAAACCAACAAAGAAAUCAUACACUAUAUCAAGAGCAAAUGGAAUGAUAAAAAUAUCACUCCUGGAGUAAUACAAUCAUCAAACAUUAAAUCCAAGAUAAAUCAAAGUCAUCCUGAAUUGUCCACUGAAGGAAAUAUCUAUGUAUCUCCAAAUGAAAGAUUCAAAGAAGAACCACCACAUAACAUAACAAUUUACUUUGGAAGUGCUUAUUAUGUACUAACGAGGAAGUUUGUAGAGUUUGUACUGACUGACACCCGGGCAAAAGACAUGCUUCAAUGGUCCAAAGACAUACACAGCCCAGAGCGACAUUACUGGGUAACUCUAAAUAGACUGAAAGAUGCUCCAGGUGCAACACCAAAUGCUGGCUGGGAAGGAAAUGUUCGAGCCAUUAAAUGGAGAAACAAGGAAGGAAUUGCUCAUGAUGGAUGUAAAGGUCACUAUGUCCAGGGCAGCUGUGUAUAUGGCCCAGGGGACCUGCCAUGGAUCAUUCAAUCACCUUCUUUAUUUGCCAACAAAUUUGAAGCCUCAACAGACUCCCUUGUGGUCACAUGCUUGGAGAGGAGACACCGGCUUAGGACACUGAAGCAAGCAGAGGUUCCUGUGGCACCACAGUGGCAAUUUCAACAGCAGACUCAUUUCAAUAUGAAACUGAAUCGCUGAGCCAGUAUUUUUAAAAGAGUGUACCAUAACACUGUUUCCCAAACUGGAAAUAAGAGACCAACCAACCAAAGAAGAAUGGAAAGGUGAUUCCUUGAUACAAUACAGUUCUAAAAUAAACAGUAAACUAACUGAUAAUACUUAGUAAACUUUUAUUGCUUUAAGAAAUAACUCAUGAGCAAAUAAUAAUAAUAAUAAUAAUCAUGCAAGCUAAAGCUACUAAUACUGACAUAUGAAUAAGCCAUUUGGAAGGCCGACUGCUUCAGCAGUAACUAGUUGCUACUACCAAAGUUUGGGAAAGGUGUGGAUUUAAACCCUGUUGACAUGUAAUUUUGUAAAAUUAAAAAUUAAAAAAAACUCAGGUUUGGGUUAGAAUAAAAAUGCCCUUUGUUUUGAAUUAC